UUACUUGCAGAGCAAACAAGUUCGUCUCACGGAUAGAUUUCCUCCGCUUCCCUUUUCCUUUCUCAUCUCCUCCUCUCUCUCUCUCUCUCUCUCGCUCGUCGUCGUCGUCGGAAGCAACGGAUACCUCGAUGAUGAUCCUCCGGAUCCGUAGCCGCGACGGCUUGGAGCGCAUCACGGUGCCGGAUCCCUCCUCCGCCACAGUCGCAACCAUCCGUUCCCUCAUCGAAUCGCAUCUGGGCGUCCCGACCGAUGCCCAAACCCUCUCCCUUGACCCCAGCCUCCUCCUCCAGUCCAAGUCUUCGGCCGCCCCAGCGAUCGACCCCUCCGCGCCCCUUUCCACCCUCCCCGUCUCCCACGGUUCCAUCCUCUACCUCUCCUACCCAUCCGACCUCCGCCGAGCCGCCGCCGCCACCCCAACGCCCCCUCUCUUCACCCCCGCCGGUUCUUUCGGCCGAAAAAAGAUGACCAUCGACGAUCUCAUCGCGCGUCAGGUCCGGGUGGCUCGCCAGGAGUCUCCCCACUGCUCCACCGCCUCCUUCGAUCGCGAUGCCGCUAACGCCUUCCAGCUCUACGCCGCCGACACCCUCGCCUUCUCCGUCAAGCGCGCGGGAUUCCUCUACGGCCGCGUCGACGAGGAGGACCACUCCGUCGCGGUGGAUUUCAUCUACGAGCCACCCCAACAGGGCUCUGAGGACGUGGCCGCCCUCUUCCGCAACCCCGAUGAGGAGACCUUGGUCGAGGUCAUUGCUGCUAGCCUUGGAAUGCGGCGCGUGGGAUUCAUCUUCACCCAGGCUGUUGGACGCAAGGCCGGAACCGCCGAAUACACCAUGUCCGGUCGCGAGGUCCUUCAGGCUGUAGAGAUGCAAGCUGAAGGUGGAAUCUCUGAGUGGGUCACUGCCGUGGUAAAGCUUGAGGUAGCAGAGGAUGGCGCCUCCGAUGUGCACUUUGAAGCCUUCCAGAUGAGCGAUAUGUGCGUCCGCCUCUUUAAAGAGGAAUGGUUUGUGACAGAAUUUGGUGAAGACGACGACCCUAGAGUUUCAAGGAUGAAGAAGGAUGUCGUGGUCGGGGGCAAGGACAUGAAGGAGGUCGACAACGAUUUCUUCUUGGUACCCGUCAAGAUCUCAGAUCACCAGGGGCCAUUAUCUUCUAGCUUUCCAAUAGAGAAUCGUAUCAUCGCUGCAUCACCAAAGGCUUUGAAGACUCACCUAGAUCACACAAAGCAUCUUCCAUUUGUGAAACGCAUCUCCGACUUUCAUCUACUAUUUCUACUCGCAAGGUACUUAGAUGUCAAUGCUGAUAUACCGGCACUCGGUGAGUGUGUGCAGAAGCAAUUGCCUAUUCCAGAUGGUUACCAGUUUCUGAUAGAAUCCUUGGCAGCGGCAGCUGCUGCAGAUUGAGAUUGUAUCUACAAGAUGAUGUUAUUUGGGGUCAGAUACCAGUCUCUUUUAGUGGAUCGGAUUGAAGUUCUAGAUGGUGGCAAGGACAGUAUGAAGUAAUUAUUUGUUUCAUGUGACUUACUACACUGUAGUGUUCUUUUUAACUUAAGAUCACCAACUUUCCAGUAUGACUUGAUGAUAGACCGAGUUUAAGCUUGUGGUAUUUGAUCAAUGAGUUCAAAAA